AUGGACGCCCCCUCUAACUCUGCCUCCUCCUCCUCCUCCUGCCCCGCUGCUGCCCCCCCGGCUGACGGGCAGGAUGACAGGGCCGCGCCUCGGCCCGCUCAGGACUCUCCUGCCUCUCCAGCCACCAAAGAACCCCCCCUCUCGGACCCUUCCUCCUCUUCCUCCUCUGAUGCCCCCUCUCCCAACGACACCAUGAGGCCCUGCUCCGGUUCCCAAGCGGUGCUCGGCUCCGCGAAGCUCCCGGCCGCCAUCUUGCCCGGGCCUCUCCUCCAAGCCGACUGCGGCCUCGUGACGCCAAACCCACCGCCUUCCCCGCAAGUGGCGCCACCCGGAGAAGAUGGGAAGAAGCAAGAAGCAGAAGGCGGCAGAGAGGGGGAAGAGGAUGGCGGGCACAAGGCCCCGCUCUUCUUCUCCGCCGAGGGCUCGGCCUAUCUCCUCAGCGGCGGCCACGUUCUCUUACCAAAGGGCUCCCUAAGCACCACAUCUCCCCAGGUGUCCGUCCUCCACGUCCAGCGCGGUGGAGGCCCAAACCAAGGCUUUACGUCUACUGACCAAAUGUCCCAGAAUACCUCAGCGCCAGGCGAGUGGACCCCUCACGGCGCCUUCUACAGUUUCCGACUGGCCAGGGCCCCCCCUCGAACCAUGUCUGCCAAAAACGCUCCCACCAAACCCAAAGAUGCCCCUGCCGCCGCCCUGGCGGAGGACGAGGAGAACCUCAAAGGGGAAGCUGACCUUGGCCGAGAAGGGGAGCUGCCGUCCCCACCCAUCUGGCUUUGCCUGAUCUGCCGCCUCUCCUUCUGCCGGGGGCGCCCCUUGGCGGCUCAUGCCCGCGUAGCCCACGGGGCGCAGCUGAGCCCCGACGAAUGCCAGGCCCUGUCUGGAGGGGCUUCUGCCGUGUUCCAAGGCACCGCGCUUGGCUUCCUCGAACCAAAUAAGCCCACCACCAAGGCAGACCUCAAUGUCCGAAUGUGUAGCAGAUGGGUGAAUGUAACGGAGGAGGAGGAGGAGGAGGAAGAGAAGAAGAAAAAGAAAAAGAAGGGGAGCCCAGGAAAACCAUGCGAGCCACCAGAUGCCAAAGAGUCAAGGAUCGGCGGCGAGCCCUGGGCAAAGGGAGGCGCGGAGGAGAAACCAGAAGAGGAAAAGGAGGAGGAAGAGGAGGAGGAGGCAGCAGCAGUGGCGGCCGAAAAUCAGAAAGAGGAAGGAAGGCUUCUCCCAGACCAAAGCUCACACGGCCAAAGCCCACCCACGGGUGCCAGCACCCCUCUCUCAGAGACGCCACUGAAGAAGGCCAACAGCAACGACGCUGCAGCUGACGUAGGGUUGCCCAAGGAAGACGCCAACGCGGAGUUGGCCAACGAAGCCUCCAGUGCAGAGCUGGCCAGAGACACCGCUCGCGCCGAGUCAGCCGGCGGGACGAACAGCUCCGGGUUGGGCACCAAAGUGAACAACGACAGCCCAGCCAACACCAACCCGGACGCCGGUCGGGUUGGGUUGACCCACGACGCUGGCGCAGCCGACGUGACGCAUGGAACCGUCAGUGUUGGGAUGGCCAGCGAGAUGGUGAGCGCCACGUUUGAGGUCAACAACGGGCUGAGCGGUAGUAGCAGCAGCAGCAGCCACAACGGAGGGCACUCGCUUUCCUUUGGGGAAGACUUCACCGCCAUGGCCUACUCGGGGUUGACUUUGUCCGGCCACAUGUCCUUGCUGCACUCGCGCAACUCCUGCAAGACCCUCAAAUGCCCCAAGUGCAACUGGCAUUACAAGUACCAGCAGACCUUAGACGUCCACAUGAAGGAGAAGCACCCCGAGAACAACAGCCACUGCGCUUACUGCAGCACCGGCGGGCCGCACCCUCGCCUGGCCCGGGGCGAGAGCUACAACUGCGGCUACAAGCCCUACCGCUGCGAGGCCUGCAACUACUCCACCACCACCAAGGGCAACCUCAGCAUCCACAUGCAGUCCGACAAACACCUGGCCAACCUGCAGGGCUACCAGGCCACGGGGGGAGGCGGCGGGGCCCCCUCGGUGGCGGCCCCGGUGGCCCCGACCCCGUCGUCGCCCGAGGAGAAGGAGUCGAAAGGCAAAUCCUCCUGGCAGUGCAAAGUGUGCAGCUACGAAACCAACAUCUCCCGCAACUUGCGUAUCCACAUGACCUCCGAGAAGCACAUGCAAAACAUGCUCUUGCUCCACCAGGGGCUGCCCCUGGCACUGCCCGGUCUCCUGGGGCAGGCCCAAGCCACGCCAGGGGGCAAGGGGCAGCCGGAGCUCUUCCAGUUCUAUGGCGCUCAGGCCCUGGGUCACUCGCACCAUGCACACCCCCACCACGCUCACGCCGCGGGCAGCUCAGCCCUGCGGGGGGACAAGCCCAUGGAGCAAAGCCAGAUCUUGCUCAACGGAGGCUUCCCACACCUCAACGCUGCCGCUGGCAGGAAGAUGGCUGCCUUGGGCUCAGGUAAGCAAUGGUCGCCUCCCCUCCCCAAUCAUGGCCACCGCUGCUUCUGUCCACGUGGGAUCUAAAGGCUGGGUGGGAGCCUCAAUUGAUAAUGAACAGGUCUCUUGUGUCGUUUGUUCUCUCCCUUCCCUUAUGGACCACAUUCCCACAAUACAUUUAAAGCCCUGUGAACAGUCAUGGCUUCCCACAAAGAAUCCUGGGAGAUGUAGUUUGUUAAGGGUUCUGAGAGCUGUUAAGAGACCCCUUAUUCCUUCCGCAGAUCUACACCUCCAAGGGCUGUGACUGUUUGAAGGGGUAUCAAAGAGCUUUAAAUGUGCUGUGUGAACGUGGCCACAGUCUCUACUCUUGUUUUGUUUUUUGGUCUUUGCAGUUUUUCUUUCUGCUCCUUUCUGUUUUGCUCCUCUCACUCGCUAUCUCCCCAGCUUCGGUGUAUUGCCAUUAUGUAGUUUGUGUUAUUCAUAUUGCAUUUUUGUGUUGCGAACUGCCUUGAGAUCUACUGAUGGAGGGCUGCAUGCGAAUUUAAUCAAUAAUAAUAAUAAUUAAUAAUAAUUUGGGACGCAGGUGGCACUGUGGGUUAAACUAGAGAGCCUAGGGCUUGCCGAUCAGAAGGUUGGUGGUUCAAAUCCCUGCGACGGGGUGAGCUCCCGUUGCUCGGUCCCUGCUCCUGCCAACCUAGCAGUUCGAAAGCACCUCAAAGUGCAAGUAGAUAAAUAGGUACCGCUCCGGCGGGAAGGUAAACAGUGUUUCCGUGCACUGCUCUGGUUCGCCAGAAGCGGCAUAGUCAUGCUGGCCACAUGACCCGGAAGCUGUACGCCGGCUCCCUCGGCCUAUAGAGCGAGAUGAGCGCUGCAACCCCAGAGUCGUCCGCGACUAGACCGAAUAGUCAGGGGUCCCUUUACCUAAUAAUAAUAGUAAUAAUAAUAAUAAUAAUGUUUUGAAGUGUCUCUCCCUCUCCGUCCAUAGGCAGUCAUUCUGCCGCCCUUCUCCCCACAGCUCCUGCAUCGCUCUCUCCAGAGCCUGCCCCGCCUUCCCCGCUGCCGCCCCACUCUGCGCCAGACCUGGGGGCUCCCCAGAGGCUGUUUGGGUGCCUGGUGUGCCAAGCCUUCAACACGGACAGCCUGGAAGCGCUCCUGAGGCAUGCGUCGGCCCCCCGCUCGCUGCCCGAGGCCGAGUGGAAGGAGGUGUCGGGCGACUUGCACCGCUGCCGGCUCUGCGCCUACGGCACCCAACUGAAGGCCAACUUCCAACUGCACCUCAAGACCGACAAGCACGCCCUCAAGUACCAGCUGGCGGCCCACCUGCGCGAAGGGGGCAGCCUCGGGGCCCACAUGGGGGCGGAGCUUCCACUCGGCCCGCCCCUCCACCUGCACUGCAAUCUCUGCGAAUACGAGACCAACAGCAAGGAGAAGAUGAGGCUGCACGUGGCGGGGGCUGGCCACCAGGAGGCGCUGCAAGGCUACAAGGUGCCGGGGUCUGAGGGGAGUGGACGGGGCUUGUGGAUGACACGGGGAGCGGCCUUCCUCCAACUCCCGCCAAAACGGGGGUGGAGCUAAGCUGUCCUUUUCAGGGCGUUCCUAACAGGAAGUGGGUGGAGCCAAGCAGAAAGGGGGUGGAGCCACCGGAACGGGAGGGGCUUUAGAGGAAUGGAGGCACGCCAUAAGGGAAAGAGGGAAAGGGUAGGCGUGAGAAGGGACAGGUGCGAUCCACCUGGAACGUUGAACGGAUCCCAUGUCCUUGCUAUCUGCAAUUCUUUCCUUCUCUCCCGCUAGUUCCUCCUGGAAAUGGAGGCCACAUCAGCAGCGCCGCCAGGCCCCGAACCUGCCCCAUUCCGCUGCCUCCUUUGCAACACGGACGCGCCGAACCGCCUGGCCAUGAUCCAGCACCUGCGCUCUCCCCAGCACCGCGACUCCCAUGGCCAGUGGCGCCUGCAGCUCCUCCAGAACGGAGAAGGCACCCCGGGCCUCGAGAGAUACAUCUGCUUUGCUCCCGCCAACCCCGCUGGUAACGGCCCUGCAGGUUGGCCAUGGCGGGCACCCCGUGCCGCCGGAGAGGGUGGCAAACCCGCAGAAGGUGCCAGGCUGCAGAUUUGCGCUGAAUGAAGGGCAUAAAUGGUGGAUGGUGGGGAAUAGCAGCAAUAGUAGUAGGGGCUGAAUUUUGAGGAGAAGAAACAGCAAUUCUUGCAAAUGUUCAAAGUGGCAAGGCUGUGGGAGGUUUUUUUUUGGGGGGGGGAGAACUGAAGGUCGGAUACCAAAUACUCUUUCAUUCCUCCAUUGUCUGCCCGCCUUCUCCCCCCCUUCUCUCUUUCACACCCCCUUUGCUUCGCCACGUCUUCCCCUUUUGCUCUGCGUUUAAUGCAUGCCUGUGUCCGCAGAUAUUCAAGCGAGAAGCUGCUGAACGCUCCAGCCUCCUCUUCUUCCACCGCCGCCAACCUCCCUCUCCUUCUCUCCCUCCCCCUCCCCCCCCCAGCUUCAUAAUGGAUUAUGACAGAUACUGGGGUGGUUGCCUAGCAACUCGCAGGAAGAAUGAAGGAGAGGAGAAAUGAGAAAGAGAGAUGUAGGGACCGCAGCUGGGCGGGGGGGGGGGGGAGGGAGAGGAAGAGAGGGAAAAGGGAAGAGAGAAAGAAAUAGGGAGGAAGGAUAGAGAUCGCCUUUCCUCCCUUCCUCCCCCUUCUCCUCCUAGCUGGUAGCUGCCCUCAUCCACCUCCCGUCAGGUGCCCAGGGCGGGCACCCCCCCCCCACGUGAUGCGAGUUGGCCUCGUUCCCAGCUUCAAAUUUAUCUUUCAAAACAUUGUUGACCCUGCAAAUGUUCUGCCUCCCCCUAACGCACACCUGAGAGCGUGCAGAAGUGUCAACAAGGAUCAGCUGCAUAAAAUGCAGUGUGGGAAGGGGAGCUGUGUGAGUCGUGGGGAGGCUAAUGAGGGGAUCCAGUCCUGAGGACAGACUCCAAGCCAAAAGAUGGGAAUGGGUGGGUUUGGCUGGGUGGGUAAAUCAGUCCUGGAUAAGGGGAUCAUUUUUAAAUUUUUGAGCAGGGACCUUAGUGGAAGCGAAAGCAUAGGAUGCGGGUGUCCGGGGUGGGUCGCUGCUUAUGUGGGGAAGGCAUAUGGGGAGAUUCGAGGCAGUUAGGACAAGGCAAUAGGAAAAGUGUGCACCGGGAAAGGGGGGUCGGUUUGCCGGAUGAGAACACCCUGCGUUGUGAGAAAUGGAGGUCUUAACAUCUUGGCGGGUGUAUUGAAUAGUGUUAAUUGAGUUGCCAAUGGCAGUGAGGUUGCUACUGCCGGGCGGGAAGGCAAGUCCGUUCGAUAUUAACGAUCCCACUUGGGUUGAGAGUUUAAUUAGUCUCUGACGAGGAUAAAGUCCUGGAUCGUGCGUCAUGCCGGCUCUCGCAGCGUCGGCGGCGGAAUUCCCUCCUCUCUCGUCUCCCUCUCCCCCCACCCUACCCCCCAAGUUUCCCACCUUCCAAACUCCCAGGUGAAAGAGGAGGAGCAGGAAUAUCAGCCAGGCUAUCUGGGUGGUGGAGGUCUCUGGAAGUUGGGCCACAGCUCCCAUCAUCCCUGACCGUAGGCCAUGCUGGCUGGGGGCUGGUGGAGCCCAAUAGCAUCUGGAAAGCCCACCCCCCAUUUCACUUCUCCCUCCACCCCACACCCACGUAUGGUUCUCUCCCCGUCUCCAGGGAAAGAAACACUGCCAGAGAACUUGCCCCCCGAAAAGGAAACGCAGAGUAAAGCCCAGGCGGCUGGUGAGUGACUCCUCCCCUCUUGUGCAAAGCCACGCCCACUGGUGAGGUUGCUGCUCCUUGAAGCCACGCCUACAUUGCUGGCCACGCCCCUAGCCCCUCCCUCGUGGUGGCAGCCCGUGCGAAAGGCUCCUCCCAUUCAGGGAUGCCAAACACCCCAAAUGUUUGAGCCCCUCUUGAUUUCUCCAGCGCCACCCUCCCUUCAAGAGGCGGUGUUCUGUUGAAAAGCACAGCUAUCCUCAACCAGGGGGCUGGAGCGCCAGGAAUAGGAGGAAAAGACCCUGCAAUGCCUUCCCUCGGUUUUGAGUGUUGUCUUAAGUGCAGAGUCCCAUUUUGCCACCGCGACUGCUGCAAAAGGAAUAAUACCAGGGGUAUUUGUGGGCGAGUCCCAGCAAGUCUGGCUCCUCGCUUCCGUGAGGCUGGCUGUUUUUAUUAUCCUUAUUAAAUUUAUUACCUGCCCUUCUCCAGUUGGUCCCAGGGCGGGUUAUGGCGAUUUUAAAAAAUUCAGCAUUUCAAAUAUCUUGCGCUUGCAGAAAUAGGGAUGGUUGCACUGGGGGGUCGGCGGCUGCCAAGGCAUCCUUUUCAGGGUGCCUGAUUCAAUGCCCCCCCCCACUCAGCUGUCCCCACUGCAGUGGGCAGGGGGUCCUUGUCUGGUACCACCCCCAAGAGCCCCUCUCUCGCCCCACCCCUCCAUCAGGCCUCAAAGCCCCUUGGAGCUUUUAACCGCCAUUUUGAAAGUGUCUGCAGGAAAACACCAUAACAUUCCCCCCCCCCUUUCUUUCCUUCCCGCAGGUUCUGACGAGACUGAAACGAAAGCUGGAGGUGUGGGAGACACUACAGUGAGUGGCGCUUAUUGGGGGGCUUUGCGGGGGGGGCAGAGGUGGGGGAAUCACACAGUGUCUCUGAAGCCCCUGCCGCCUCCAUUUUAACCCUCUCUCUACACGAUUCAAUGGUGGCAGCCUCAAACAUCCCAGUGAAACUUGGCAGAUUAGAUUUUUUUUUUUGCUUGCUUGUUCCUGGUGGGGGGCCAAAUGGUUGAAUUAAAAACAGAAAUUCAGCAUCUCUGCCUAGCAGGUGGGGGGGGGAUGAGAUCCACCCUGAUGAAACAAAUUGGGCAUGACCAGCUGUGAAAUACACAAUGUUAACCGUACCACUGCAUCUUCAAAGCCUGUUUCUUGAAUGGGAAUGUCUACUUAUACUGGUCCCAUCCUAUUACUCUCUGUCUGUUCUGACGCCAACCUUUGCCCAGCCCAGAAAGGCCUGUGAUUCUCAAGAUGAAAACGUUGGCAAGGCUGUGCAGACGGGAUCAGAUCGGUCCUUGCAACAAGCCCUUCGAUGUUAACUAGCGUUGGGUUUAUUAUGCCCGUUUUACAGCUGCCCCCCACUGAGCACACGGGCGUGGACCUGGCGGUCCAGGAAAGCAACAGAACCUCUCAUUUUCACUCAACCCUUGACCAGCCUUGUGCUAUCGGCAGAUACCAAUCAGCCCUUAGGUGAAAUCCUGACACAGACACUUUCAUGUCUCUCUUUGAUCCUUCAGCCUAAGGCCUUUAAGCCACACACAUUCCCCGGUCUGCCGCUUGGGGCACUAGCUUGUUUGCGUGUAAGAAAAGGCAAUAUUUUGGGGUGUGGGGAGGGGAGAGAGUUUAUUUAUUUUCUUCCGAAGAUGGCCCAGAACCAAGAUGAGCAGGUGGGAGCAAGCAUGUGCCAGCUCCAUCUUUUUAAUGAUUACUUUGUGAUUUCCCUAUUAAAACUUUUUGUUCUCUUUCGUUCUGCCUACACCGCCACGCCUCCUCCCUCAAAUCCUCAAUAAAAUAUAUAUGCAAAUCCCCCUUUCCCCCCAGGUGCCAGGAAGAGACAGCCUCCUGCUUCCUGGAGCUAACCUUUUCUUUUCUCGGACCUCCAUCUCUCUCCCCCCCCCUUCUUCUUGCCAAACAGGUGUUCUGCUGCCCCUACUGCAAUUACACCGACCAAUCAGCCGAAGCCGUCCGGGCUCACACCAUCUCCCAGCAUGCCGUGCAGCCCAAAUUCCGAUGCCCGCUCUGCCAGGAGCAGCUGGUCGGGCGCACCAACCUCCACUUCCACCUCAGCCACAUUCACAACGUGGUGCCCGAAUGUGUGGAGAAGCUGCUUCUGGUGGUGAGUUGUUGACUCAGUGGGCACCUCUCCCUGCCCCUCUUCCCUGCCCCGCUUAAUGUUGGAACCAUAUUAAGGGUGGAGGGGAUACAAUCGCAGAAACUGCUUUUUCACAUGCCACUAACCCUUUGCAGGUAAUUCAACAGGUGAAGCUUUUCCUUCUCUGGAAAGCUUGACCUGUUGGGUCUGUGCCCGUCACGCUGCUGUCAAAGAGGUGGGGACUGUGCUUGACAACAGGGGCUGGGGAAGAUGUGGGGACCCAGUGGUGAGGACAACAGGGGGUUAUUGUGUUCUUGUUUUUAUUUCGAUUACAGUGGUACCUUGGUUCUCAGACUUAAUCCGUUCCGGAAGCCUGUUCCAAAACCAAAGCGUUCCAAACCAAGGCGCACUUUCUCAAAGAAAGUAACGUAAAAUGGAUUAAUACGUUCUAAACUUUUAAAAACAACCCCUGAAACAGCCAUUUAACAUGAAUUUUACUAUCUAACGAGACCACUGAGCCAUAAAAUGAAAGCAAUAAUCAAUGUACUGUACUAUAAAAUAAAUAAGACAGUAUUGUAGAUGAUAAAAAAUAUAUAUUUUUUCUUACCUCUACUGAUGAUAGUCAUUGUUUGGAUGGGGGGCUUUUAUCCAUUUCCUCAGUCACACAAUCAAUCCAUCAGUAGCUGAACUGUCACAAAAACAAAUUAACCAAAAUAGCCUCAAAAACAAAAACCACAAAAUAAAUAGCAAAAACAAAAGCGCCAAACUUAAUCCGUUCUGGAAGUCCAUUUGAUUUCCAAAAUGUUCAAAAACCAAGGCGCGGCUUCUGAUUAGUGCAGGCGCCCAGGCAACAACAGCCGACAGCCACACUGGAUGUUUGGCUUCCGAAAAACGUUUGAAAACCAAAACACUUCCGGUUUUUCAGAGUUUGGGAACCAAGGCGUUUGAGUACCACCACCCUGAGCCCGGCUUCUGCUGGGGAUGGCGGACUAUAAAUAAAAAUUUAUUAUUAUUAUUAUUAUUAUUAUUAUUAUUACCAAUGCGUUUGAGAAUCAAGGUGCCACGGUAUAUAUCUUGAGGUUUUAUAUUUUGAUUUUGUUCUAUGAACCAACCUGAGACCUCCAGGUAUAGGGUGGUACAGUGGUACCUCGGGUUACAUACACUUCAGAACAAAUUAAGUACUUAACCCCGAGGUACCACUGUAUAUAAAUUCUAAUCAUCACCAUCAUCAUCAUCCAGAGAGCCAAGUGGGGGCGUCAUUAGGAGGGAGGUGUUUGUGGCCCCACCAACUGGUGAGCUUUAGCCUAUUUCCACCAUUCGUAAAAUGGCCGCAGCAGCAUUUUUAAAAUACUUUAUAAAUUGGGGAGUGGGGAACCUGCGGCCCCCAGUUCUGCAUCCGUGCUCCAAAUGAUCACUAAUAACUGGCUCCUCUCUUCCCCAUCCUGCCUUUGGCUCAUAUAAUUCUGCCUUUUCUUCUUCUUGACCUUCUCUCCAGGCCACUACUGUGGAAAUGACCUUUGCCACCAAAGUUAUCCCUGGCCUCAACCUCCCUCCUGACCCAGUAAAGCCAGGUGGGACGCCCAGCUCAGAGCAGGGGUCUGGGAACGAACCUGAAAGCCCUCUUGCUGGUAAGUAGCGUGUGGACUGCAAAGAGAGGGGCUUUCACCUUUCACCUGCUAAGGGUAGCAUCAAGAUGCCAGGGAUUUCGUGGCAACCGGGACGCCUAACCUCCCCUUCCUGGCAACCCUUGCCAAAAAACCAAAAAAUUAAGCAGGAAGAGGCAGUUACUGGCAGGACGAAUCAAGGGCUUUGUCGUGCCUAUUCUCAAGCUUCUCUGUCUGGAGAGCAUGAGGACUAGAAACCUGCUUCCUGGGAAACUCAUAAGGCUUCUUAGGAUGCCACAAGCGUUUGUAUUGGUUUGAGAAGCAGUACAAACGCAAUCCAAUGGUGCACUGACAGAAGCAAAGCAUAUUAAGUAACACAAGUCCCUCUUGUAGGGCAGGGGCUGUAAACUCCCCAAAUAUUUAGCCCUCCUAGAUAUCAGAAAUUGGGAAUGAGGUCAAGGCAGUACUUGUCCUGCUUCAUUUGAACACACACCCUACAAAAAUCCAAGCAGCUAAUUUACACAGAUCUACAUUUACAGAUGAGGCAGGAAGCGUCAAGGUAUGAAAAGCGUCAUGGAUAAAAAGACUAAUUCCCCCCCAGGCAGUGAGGCCUGCAUUUUGCCAGGAAACACACCUGCUCUCAGCAGGUGCCCCUGGGGAUUCCCAGCCGUUUUUGGACAAACUCUCUAGCAAACACCUAGAACUGUGGGGUUGGUAAAGACAGACCAAGCACCAUAGAAUCAAGGGACUGUAGAGUUGGGUCUCUUCCACAGACAGGGCCACAGUGACUGUGAUGUCAGCCUCCCUGCCCCUGGAGAUGCCUGCGGUUCCGGGGGGAGGAUGAGGAAAGGGAUCACAACGAUCACCUAGUCCAACUCUCUGCAAUGCGGGAGUCUUUUGCCCAACAUGGGGCUCGAACCCAAGACCCUGAAAUUAAGAGUCUCGUGCUAGUUGCUGUGCUAUUUGCGAUCGACUGUGGCAAGCUAUACUUCUGCACCUAGAACCUCCAUGCACACACACAAAUACAUCCUGGCUAAGGAACGACAAAACGAUGCCUUAUGAGGAACGGCUAAGGGAGCUGGGCAUGUUUAGCCUGGAGAAGAGGAGGUUAAGGGGUGAUAUGAUAGCCAUGUUCAAAUAUAUAAAAGGAUGUCACAUAGAGGAGGGAGAAAGGUUGUUUUCUGCUGCUCCAGCUAAGCGGACACGGAGCAAUGGAUCCAAACUACAAGAAAGAAGAUUCCACCUAAACAUUAGGAAGAACUUCCUGACAGUAAGAGCUGUUCGACAGUGGAAUUUGCUGCCAAGGAGUGUGGUGGAGUCUCCUUCUUUGGAGGUCUUUAAGCAGAGGCUUGACAACCAUAUGUCAGGAGUGCUCUGAUGGUGUUUCCUGCUUGGCAGGGGGUUGGACUUGAUGGCCCUUGUGGUCUCUUCCAACUCUAUGAUUCUAUGAUUCUAUGAAAACAGGCUGUGGGGGAAACUGAUGGUAGCUUCUCUAUCUCUCCUUUUUCUUUCUUUCUCCUACAUCAGCACCACCCACAGGGGAGAAAUCCUCUCCGGCUCCUGUGCUUUGCCCUGAAACUCCUCCUCCUCCAGCCUCCCCUGCUCCACCUGCUGACCCCCCAGAAAAGCCACCCCCAACCUCUUCUCCACCUCCUCCUCCACUGCCGCCGCUGCCACCGCCACCACCACCUCCUCCUUCAGUUGCUCCUCUGGAGUUUGAAGACGAAGAUGCUCCACAUCCGAACGCUCCGUUGGAGGAGGCGCCACCACCACCGCCACAGGCUUCAGCCGAGGCUCCUGAGGCCUCUCCGCUCGCCCUGCCCAGCCAAGACCCCCGUCACCCGCUGUCCUACCGCAAGGCGACCAAUUUCGCCUUGGAUAAGUUCCUCGACCCGGCCCGCCCCUACAAGUGCACGGUGUGCAAGGAGUCCUUCACGCAGAAAAACAUCCUCUUGGUGCACUACAACUCCGUCUCCCACCUGCACAAGAUGAAGAAGGCCUCGGCCGACCCCUCCGCGCCGUCCCGGGGCGAGCCCGGCGCCGCCGGCGUUCUCCAGCCCUCCUCGGACAAGCCCUACAAGUGCACCACCUGCCGGGUCUCCUACAACCAGAGCUCCACGCUGGAGAUCCACAUGCGCUCCGUCCUGCACCAGACCCGCUCCCGCGUCGCCAAGAUGGAAGCCGCCGGCAAAGCAGAGCUGCCGGCCGCCGAGCCGGAUCCCCCGUGCGAAGCGCCGCUGGAAGCGGAAGCCCCCAAGCUCCUGGAGGCGGGCUGCGUGCAGGUGCCCACGCUCCCGUUCCUGGCGCCGUCCGCGGCAGAGCUGCAGCGCUUCCCUGCGCCCUUGUUCACUCCGCCGCUGCUGCCGCCCUUCCCGCUGGUCCCAGAGUCGCUCCUGAAACUCCAGCAGCAACAGCAGCUGCUGCUCCCCUUCUACCUGCACGACCUCAAGGUGGCCCCCAAGCUGGCUUUGGCCACCCCAGCACUGACCCUCCCGGCCACGCCACCCGUGCUGCUGCCACCUCUGCCAGCCAAGGAAGAGCAGGCGCCGGCAGCCGCUGCUGGCUCCAAACCAGAGGCGCCGGAAGAGACCGAAGCUGAGGAGGCCGAGGGAGGCCAGCAAGGGAGCGAGGCAUCCCGCACGGCUGCCAAAGCCCUCCUGGAGAACUUUGGGUUUGAGCUGGUGAUCCAGUACAACGAGGGGAAGCAGCCUGCCGCCCCCGCCCCGGCUGCACCUCCGCGCCCGCCGGCGGGCAAGCUCUUGUGCGGCGCAUGCGGGAAGCAGUUCUCCAACAUGCUCAUUCUGAAGACGCACGAGGAGCAUGUGCACCGGCGGUUCCUGCCCUUCGAGGCGCUCAACCGCUACGCUGCCCAGUUCCGGAAGAGCUAUGACAGCAUGUAUCCCCCUCCGCCGCCGGCACUGCCCAUCGAGACGGCCACUGCCACGACGACUGCCCCAACUACUGCCGCUGCCACAGACACCACCACAGUGACCGUGCCAGCCGCCCUGCCCCUGGAGAUCCCCCCGCUCUGCCCUCCGUUUUUAAUGCAGCCCAUGCCAGUGGUGGUGCCGCCGCUAGAGAGCGAGACCCCCCACGUGCCUCCCGAGCGCUUGAAAUCCUUGUGGUUCCGGGGGGAGGAAGAGGAAAGCGGCAGUGGGCCCGGGGUUCCUGAGCCUCUUCGCGGGGGCUUCCCGUCCACCCGGCGCUUCUCCCGCACCAAGUUCACAGAGUUCCAGUCUCAAGCCCUACAGUCUUUCUUCGAGUGCAGCGCCUACCCCAAAGACGGCGAGGUGGAGCGGCUGUCUGCAAUGCUGGGGUUGCCCAACAGAGUCAUCGUGGUUUGGUUCCAAAACGCCCGCCAGAAAGCGCGGAAAUGCGGCGGGAGCGAGGCUAGCGUGGGGGUCGGAGGUGCCGCGGUGCAGCCCUCCUGCAAGAAAUGCCGGGCGUCCUUCCGCUGUAUCUUUGAGCUCAUGCGCCACCUUAAAAAGUGCUACAACGACCAGCCGGUGGAUGCGGAGGGAGAGGGGGCUGAGGAGGAGAACGAGGGCCCUGAGGAAGAGGAGCAGGAGGAGGAGGAAGAAGAAGAGCAGCAGCAGCCGCAGCAACAGCAGCCGCCCGAGCCUUCAGGGGCUGACGGAGAAGCCAAGAUUGACAGCACUGGAGAUAAACCUCAGGAGGAGGAACAACCCACGGCCCCUCCCGAAAGUGCAAGCACCCAUUCCUGUGACCACUGCACAGCCAAAUUCUCAAGCGUCGACCUCCUCAAUAUCCACCGUGUUUCUCACAUGCCAGCAACCGGCCCUCCGCCAGCCCCAGUUGCCCCCCAGCCUCCCCUGGAUUUGGCCCCGCUGGUGUUUGGUGACCGCGCCGCCCACCCAGACCCCUCCCGGGCACAGAAGCGGAAGCACGAGGACGGGAGCUUGUCACCCACCGGCAGCGAGUGCGCCAGCGUGGCGGGAGGGGACAGCGAGCCCCCCCGGGACAAGCGCCUGCGCACCACCAUUUUGCCGGAGCAGCUGGAGAUCCUGUACCGCUGGUACAUGCAGGACUCCAACCCGACCCGCAAGAUGCUCGACUGCAUCUCCGAAGAGGUUGGACUCAAGAAGAGGGUGGUUCAAGUGUGGUUCCAGAACACGAGAGCCCGCGAGAGGAAGGGUCAGUUUCGGUGCAACGCCAGCACGGCCAACGCAACCGGCAAGCCCUCACCGGUGCUCCCCUCCGCCUUCCCAAAGUUCAGUCCUCUGCCGCGAGACCCGACCAUCCACUACGGAGCGGCCUUUGCGCCCAGCCUCUCUGCGGUGAGUUUACAGCUACCUCCAGCAAAGCCAGAGAUUCCUGCGGAGCCACAAGCGCAGGAAGAAGCAGCCGAAGAAGAAUUGCAAAAAGAGAACGAAGACCGGAGCCUGUCGGGAGGGGAGAUGAGCGACUCGUCUUCCUCCUCCUCCUCGUCGCUGGCCGAUCUGGAUUUCUCUGGCAGCCGGCGGAGCCGAGGGGCAGACGGCGGCUUUGGAGGCAUGCACGACGCUUUGGGCCAGCGGCGGUAUCGCACGCAGAUGUCCAGCCUGCAGCUGAAGAUCAUGAAGGUUUGCUACGAGGCCUACCGGACACCCACCAUGCAAGAGUGCGAGGUGCUGGGCGAGGAAAUAGGGCUGCCCAAGCGGGUGAUCCAAGUGUGGUUCCAGAACGCCAGGGCCAAGGAGAAGAAGGCCAAGGCUGCCAGCGGUGGCGAGGAGGGGCAUCCCAGCACUCCAUCGCAGGCCGAGUGCCCCUACUGCGAAGUCAAGUACGAUUUCUACGUGUCCUGCCGUGGGCACCUCUUCUCCCGUGGGCACCUCGCCCGACUCAAGGAGGCCAUCAAGGCCCAGCUCAAGAGCGAGAGCAAGUGCUAUGAGCUCGUGCCGGACAAAGGGACGCCAUCUCCCACCAGGCUGGGUGCCUCCAUGCCUCCCGCCACAGUGCCAUCUUCCCUUGGAAGCAUGGCUCCCUUUGCGCCAGGUGAGUGAGAGGUGGGAAGGAAAGGUAAGUUACGUUCAAGGAGGUUGGGGAUAGGGCCUCGUCUUUAAGCCGUGUUACAGGUUCGCCACUCACUAUGGGAUCUUUCCAGUCCAAUAUCUGCUCAGCUUCUCUCCACAAGUAUCGCUAGGUCUCCACAUGCUGCUCUGACCCUAAUCCCCACUUUGCGUGGAACUGGCGUCAUUUUCAUCCCAAGUAGUUGCUCUGUGUAGCAUUCUGGUUCUCCACACAAUCUUUCUCUUCUCCCAACUUUUUCCCCCUUUUCUUCCCACUAGCAUAGCCUUUCCUUCCCCCUGUCCCGUCCCUGAGGCUUCCAUUGUGCACGUCGGGAGUAGGUUGAGGUGAAAAUGGCGCCGAAAUCUCCUCCUCUUCCCCCUGCAUCUGGGGUGGUUCAUUGAGAGUGGUAGUUGGUGUCUUGUUACCAGAAUGAGAGGGCGUCCAUCUCAGCAACCAGUGGAAGCAGAUGUUGGGUUGUGGAAUUGUAGAAAUGUAGAGGAUCAUCUAGUCCAACCCCCUGCAAGACCCAACGUGGGACUCGAACCCCUAAUAAAUAACAAUAAUAACAAAUUUAUUAUUUAUACCCCGCCCAUCUGGAUGGGUUUACCCAGCCACUCUGGGUAGCUUCCAACAAAAUAUUUAAAAUACAUUAAAACAUCAGUCAUUAAAAACUUCCCUAAAUAGGGCUGCCUUCAGAUGUUUUCUAAAAGUCAGAUGGUUGUUUAUUUCCUUGACAUCUGAUGGGAGGGCAUUCUAUAGGGCGGGCGCCACUACCAAGAAGGCCCUCUGCCUGGUUCCCUGCAACCUCACUUCUCGCAGGGAGGGAACUACCAGAAGGCCCUCAGAGCUGGACCUCAGUGUCCGGACUCAACAAUGGGGGUGGAGACCAUAGCUGUCAAUGUUUCCCUUUUAUUAAGGGAAAUUCCCCUAUUCUGAAUAGGAUUUCCCUUAAAAAAAGGGAAAAGUUGACAGCUAUGGUGGAGACGCUCCUUCAGGUAUACUGGGCCGAGGUCGUUUAGGGCUUUCAAGGUCAGCACCAACACUUUGAAUUGUGCUCGGAAACGUACUGGGAGCCAGUGUAGGUCUUUCAAGAGAUUAACCCUGAGAUUAAGAGUUUCAUGCUCCCCGCCUGAGCUAUCCCAGGAGGGUUGGGCUGGGCUUUCCCGUCGUCCUGCAAAGACUCUGGCCCUAAGGCUUUGAAGCAGGGAGCCAGUGGAGGAAACAGGUGGAGGCAGCACACAACUCACACCUCUUUUCUCUCCCAACAGGCCCUUCCUCUUCCUCCUCCGGGGCCCUGAGCACCCCUUUGGCCUCCACGCAGCCGGGGCCCCCCUUACCUCAGCACCUCACUCCGGAACCGGCCCAGCUUGGCCCCUCCACAGAGCCGCCGGCACCUGCUCCAGAGACUUCCCCGGGCGACGGCCAGGCAGACCCCGCCUCCAGCUCAGCCCAGGAACCCUCCGUGCCCUCCACUGCCGCGGUGAAGAACCUCAAGACGUUGAAGGCCGCCGUGCCGGCCUUGCUGGGAGGCCAGUUCCUGCCCUUCCCAUUGCCGGCGGCAGCGACGGCGGCCGCCCCCUCGCUCUUUGGCGCGCAGCUGCCCGGGGCCUACUUCCAGCAGCUCUACGGCAUGAAGAAGGGGCUGUUCCCCAUGAACCCCGUCAUACCUCAGACGCUUAUGGGGCUGCUGCCCAGCCCCCUGCUCCCGACGCCCAUGCCCGAGCCGCCCGUCGAGGUGCCCGAGGCCCCCGGCAUCUCCACGGUUGACGUGACUCACCAGUACCUCUGCCGCCAGUGCAAGGCGGCCUUUGAGAGCGAGGGCGCCGCCGCCGCCCACCAGGCCACUUUCUGCUACUUUGGGCGCCAGCCCCCCGCGGCCCCGCCCCCGCUGCGGGUGCCCGUGUGCACCUACCACUGCCUGGCCUGCGAGGUGCUUGUGAGCGGGCGCGAGGCCCUGGGGGCCCACCUUCGCUCCAGCGCUCACCGGCGCAAGGCCGGAUCCAACGCAGCAACCGCAUCGGUGUUUGCCAAAGAGGAAUCCAAAUUACCUCACUCGGACUCCAGCCCAAAAAGUAACGCUACCUCUACGACACUACUAGCUUUAUAG